AUGGGGGAGCCUCUGCCCCGCCCUCACCGCCCCAACUUUGCCUGCCAGGGUGGGGGCUGGCGGCAGCAACUGGCCUCAGGUGUGGCCGGUUCCCGCUGGGAAGGCCCCGCCCCGCCUGGCCUGGUCGGGGACGACGGCGCGCGGCGGGCCGGCCUGUUUGGUGCCGAGGCGGGUCCCGACGGGGACAGCCCUGCGGACAAGCUCUUCUACUACAUCCCCGGGACGGACAUCCCGGGCCUGGAGAGCCAGCAGGAAAGCCUGGAGCAGCCGUUCCUGAGUGUGUUCAAGAAGGGCCGGCGGAGGGUGCCGGUCAGGAACCUGGGCAAGGUGGUGUACUAUGCCAAGGUCCAGCUGAGGUUCCAGCAUAGCCAGGACAUCAGCGACUGCUACCUGGAGCUGUUCCCCGCCCACCUCUACUUCCAGGCCCAUGGCGCCGAAGGCCUCACUUUCCAGGGGCUGCUGCCGCUGGUAGAGCUGAGUGUCCGCCCGCUAGAGGGUCCCGGAGAGCACGGCUUCCAGAUCACAGGCCCGCUGCCGGCGCCGCUGCUGGUGCUGUGCCCAGGGCCAGCCGAGCGAAGCCACUGGCUCUACCACCUGGAAAAGCAGAUGGCUGUGGUGCGAGGGCUGCAGCGCUGCCACUCUGCGCCCCCGCAGCGCAGGCUAAGCGGGCUACGGACAGCACCGGGGUGCCAGGCGGCGGGCAGCGCCAUCUGUGCCUCCAGGGUCCAGCUGCAGCACCUGCCUGCUCAGGAGCAGUGGGACCGGCUCCUGGUCCUGUACCCGGCGUCCCUGGCCAUCUUCUCUGAGGAAGACGACGGGCUGUGCUUCAAGGUGGGGCUGCCCAGGCCACCCCAGGAGCCGCCCUGUGUGGGGGAGCUGCCGCUCAGCGCCGUGAGCAUCAACCUGGAGGAGCAGGAGAAGCAGAUCCGCUCCUUCCUGAUCGAAGGUGGGCCCCUGAUCAACUCCAUCCGCGUGCUGUGCGCCAGCUACGAGGACUACGGCCGCUGGCUGCUGUGCCUGCAGGCGGCGGCCCGCGCACUCCGGGCCCCCGCGCCGCCCGGGCCCCAGGCCCCCCUGUCCGCGCAGCCGUGGGGCGGCGGCCGGAGCUCGCUCUCUUCCGACGGACACGCCAGCUGGGACUCCGGGUGCCCGGCGCCCCCCUCCGCCCACGCCAGCCGCUCCCUCCCGGAGUCCUCGGCCGUGUCUGCUGCGGGCCGCGCUGCAGUGCCCGCACCCGACAGCCCCGGCUGCUCCAGCAUCGGGAGACAGAGGACGGAGCUGAGACGGGGCGGCAGCCGCCGGUCACCCCGGGGCAAGGCCCAUGCGCAGGGGCUAGGCCCGGCACCCCCGUUGCACCUGGACCUGACCAAGCUGGCCCUGGAAGCUGGACCCGAGGCCCCAGAUGGCCCCCCGGACACACCACGCUCCCCGCUCUACGCUGACCCCUACACGCCCCCGGCCAUGUCCCACCACAAGGUCUCAGACGUGCGGGGCCUGGACGAGUUCCUCGUUGCCAUGCAGAGCUCGCUGGGGCCCAAGCCCCCCAUCCCUUGCCCCUUGGUCCCUGUGUCUGUGCCCGUCUCCGACCCCAGCUCCAGACUCUCCCAGAAGGGAGCCCCGCAGCCUCGAGCCUCGCAAUGGCACCAAGGCUCUGUCAAGGGCCGGGGACCACCAUCCCCAGACUCCUCUCGGCUCACCCACAGGCCCCCCCAGCGCGGGUGCGGCCGCGCCCUGGCCACUGGCUGGACACUCAGGUGGAGUCCGAGGAGCCACCGCACUGGCCCCUCCUGGACGCUGGUGCGCACGGGGUCAAAGGACCAGGCCUGGGGCCGCACAGGUGGCUAG